AUGGUAAGUGAGAUAUAUCAAAUAAAUAAUUAAUCGAUAUAUAAUGGUACUUAUUGUAAAUAUAUUAUUUUGCAGGACGAAGAUGACCAAAAAGUAGCCAGUAAGUCAACCUAAAAUUUAUUCAUUCAACUUUUUUUAGUUACUUAAUAUAAUAUUUGAAAUUAUACUAAACAAAUUUAAUUGUUCAUGCAUUUAAAUACUAUUAAUACUCUUAAUUAUAUUUAAUAUUAUAACACUUUUCUAAUCCUACUAUAAAAUUAAAAAAACGGAAGGCAAGACAAUACGUUCUUCUCAUUAUUCUAAUUAUUCCAUUUAUAACAUUCAAUACAUUGUUUAGAAAUAAAAACUAAUUCAUCAUUUUUAAAUUAUUGUAAAACUUCAAGAAAUGAAUUUAAAAAGAAAUGUAUUAUCUUGCUCUUUAAAUUAUUAUCCUCUUUUGAUUUUAUAAUAUGUGCUUUUACUCUAAAACCAAAAUUAAGUGAGUUAUACGUAAUCAGCAAAAAGAAGAUUUUGUUAUAUUGCCCAUUAGUUGGAUUGAGACAGUUUAUGCGGGUAUAACGUCCUCUUAAAUUACAUUUGUUGCCACUUUCCUAUUAGGUAUGUAAUAUAAAAUAUUAUUGUGUGAUGAUCUUCAAUUUAAACAGAAAUAUUUUUAUUUCAAAGAAGAUACAAAAAAUACAUUCUACCUGAAUAUUUGAAAUACAUCUAAUAUAAAAAUGUCCUUUAGUGGUAACAAUCAUUUUGAAUUUAAUAUACAAACAAAUAUUAAUUUUAUACUUACUAAUGAAUUUUUUUAGUAAAAUUAUGUUAAUGUUCAACAAAGUCUUUUAAAAGACGUUUUCGAGUUUAAACACAUAUAAUGAUUCAAAUAUAGAUAGGGAAUUUACUUAUGUAUGAAACUAUACUUAUGAGACAAUUACAUCUACCUUUUUUGAAAUAUUAAUAUAUAUUAUGAAUAUCCAAAUUUUUUAGUAAUUUAGAGUAGGGUAAAACACUGAUAAUGUUGUAUAGAAAAUGUCAUAAUCAAUGAAGUUUCUUUUUUAUAAUUAAAACUCUAUAAUAAGUUUGAAGGGAAAUAUUUUUUGUUGGAUUAUUGUAUGAUGCGAAAUGUAAACAAAACAUUAUGCAACCAAGAAGUAAUUAAUUUAUAUAAAAGAAAGUAACAAAGUUGGGUAAGACCAUUUUUGGGGUUUUAAAUUAAUUUAAGUUUUUGUUAAAUUCUGUUUCUCUUCUUUAACAACAGCCUAAAGUUUCAAUAUUGUAUACUUUUCCACAAAAUAUAGCAUGCCCUUGGUCCACAUUGGUAUUGGUAAUUAUACGUCUGAUAGGUUCAUUUUUAAGAAAGUCUAUGUAAUUUAAAACAUAUUAAAGAAAGUAAUUCAGGUGAGUCAAUAUUACCUCGUAAUAAUACAUCCAACAUAAAUGCUCAAAAUAGGUCUUCAAUUUAUCAAGGAAACCAAACAAGUUACGUUGCAACAGGUUUAUAGUUAAAGGAUUUACAAAGGAUAUUUAAUUUAAGCUUGCAAACCUCAAGAAUGUCUGUUGAACUCUUUCAAGUUUCGAGGAGUUACUGAUAGUGCGAAGAUCCCAAAUAACGGUACCAUACACCACAAUAGGGCGUAGAAGAGCACAAUAAGGAUGAACCUUGGAAAUGUUUAUAUACUUUUAAGACAAAAUCAAGAGUUUUAAAAGCCCUAUAACAGCAUGUUUGAUAUCGGAACCAGAAUGAAGAUUACUACUAAGAAUAAAUCUGAGAUUCACAAUACAGCCAUUAGAACAUGAAAGAAUAGUAGUUCUAAGAUGAUAUAUAUUAUACAAUAGGAAACUAAAUCCUGGCAAAAUGCAUGGUUUUGAAUUGAGAACUAAGUAACUCAUAAGUUUCUUCUAAAUACUUUUUUAUAUUACAGACACAAUCCAUUACUAUUCUUGUUUUCUGUAUAUAUGAUUAUAUUACAUUCCCUUUUAUCAUAAAUAUAAUAACCCUAUCAAUUGUAUGUAUUAUAUAUGUUUAUUAAUAGGUAGUAUCUAUUUUUGGAUUUCAUUGCAUUACUUACAUAUUUUCUAUUUUUUUUUCAAUUGAUUGCUAUUUAAAAAAAAUAUUUUUUCAGUAAUGCGAAAAGCAUUUCAAAUGUUUGACACAGCUAAAUCUGGAUUUAUCGAUACAUUAAAAAUUAGUACUAUCUUAAAUACCAUGGGCCAAUUAUUUGAUGACUCAGAAUUAAAAGAACUAAUAGAAGAAGUUGAUCCAGAUGGUAAAGUACUAUUUAAGUUAAUACCUGAAGAUGUAUUUGUAAUUCUAUACUGUAGGUACAGGAAAAGUAAAUUUUGAUGGGUUCUGUGAAAUUGCUGCUCAUUUUCUUGAAGAAGAUGAUGCUGAAGCAAUGCAAGAAGAACUAAAAGAAGCUUUUCGACUAUAUGACCGAGAAGGCAAUGGAUACAUUACAACUGCUACACUUCGGGAAAUAUUAGGGGCAUUGGAUGACAAACUUGGUCCAGAAGACUUGGAUGGUAUCAUUGCUGAAAUUGAUACCGAUGGAUCAGGAACAGUUGACUUUGAUGGUAAAUAAUUAUAUAUAAAUAUUAAAAACAUUCCCUUAAUAUUACAUUUGGAUUUUUAGAAUUUAUGGAAAUGAUGACUGGAGAAUAA